AUGAAGAUUCCCUCGUUCUGGCAGCUGAAGGCCAAGAGCCAGUUUGCGCUUUGUUUCGUUUCGUCUUUUGCUGCCAAACUUCUCCAUCUCUACAGCCACCGGUCUUCACUACCCAUCCUACUAAUCGUUCUCUACACUCCGACAUUCUUUCUCCCUGACGUCAUUCUGAUCCUCUUUACCAAGUUCAUCUACCGCCAGGACAGAGGGAAAAUAUGCAAGAUCUUUGGAGGGCUCUACGCCCUAUUUACCGUUACUGCCUCGGCUUCUCAGAUCUCCUUCUACAUGACGACUGGCGGUGAAGUACAAUGGAUGGCAGCUGGAAACCUUGCCAAGGAUCCUGGUGGCCUUCGUAUGCUUCUAUCUGAGCUCCCGAAAUUCUUCAUCUGUAUUCUCGCCUUCACCAUCGUCUCAUGGCUCAUUGCGCCCCGCUUCGAUGCUGUCACGACCAAUAUCUGCAAGACUACCAGCCUUUCGUUCCGGCAAAUGUAUCGAUGUCUUAGAGGACGGCCUCAGCUUAACGAAUACCAGCCACUGGACGAGAAUUCUGACAAGAGCAUCCCUUCCCGCGAAGAGAUUCCAUCGCUCCGGAAAUCGGCCGCGACUUGCGUCACAGUCCUGACCAUAGUUAUCACCGUGCUCAUCCUACAAAUUGUCCGCCCGAGGAACCCGCCUUAUGCUCACAUGAGCGGAUCUCUUCCGAUUACGCUUUUUGAGUCUCUCUUUUUCAGCCCCAUCAACGGCGACUUCUGCCUACCGUAUCCCACGCGCCAUGUCGAGUUCCCCUUCGAAGAAUAUGCCAAAGUCUCUGGACAUGCGCCGCCAGCCGAGUGGAAGCCGAUCACCGAAGAAUGCCGCCGCCACCACCAUCAUCAUGAGAGGCCUGAUGAACCACCUUCACCGAUUCACCCCAUUGCAUGGGAAGAGGCUGCACACGCACCCCCAACACCGAGGGGAGAUGGCCCGCCCAGGCACGGACACGAUGGGGGCUAUGAUCCUUCCUGCGAUCCGCUCAAGCUGUCAAACUUGGACCAGAGCCCACUUGAUGCUCUGAUGGAGGCCGCAAAAAUCAAGCACGUUCUCUUUGUUACUCUAGAAAGCACCCGCAAGGAUAUGUUCCCUUUCAAAAAGGACAGCGCUGUCUAUAACAGCAUUCUCUCGUCAUACGGCGCCGGUAAACUCGACGCCGCAGAAGAAUUGGACAAGAAGCUCAAGAACCUCACAAGAACAGCCGCCUUCCUAACAGGCGAGUCCACCGGAUUCGGCCAGGACGACGUCCUGAACAGACCCUGGGCAUCCGAGUUCAAAUCCGGCCACGGCGGCAUCAACGUCCAGCGCGCAGUAACCGGCAGCGCCUUCACCCUCAAAAGCCUGGUGACCAGCCACUGCGGCAUCGACCCGCUGCCCGUCGACUUCACCGAAGAAGUCCGAGGCAGGAUGUACCAGCCCUGCUUCCCGCACGUCACCGGCCUCUUCAACAAAGUCCAGAAGCCCGGCUCCAGCGCAAGCCACCCCUGGGACGCCGCGCUCGUGCAGAGCAUCACGGACCAGUGGGACUCGCAGUACACGCUGGACGACCAGAUGGGCUUCUCGCCGGCCAACGUCAUCCUCGACACGACGAUCGAGGACCCCAGCGCCGCGCACUUCCCACCCAAGGAGCCGCGCUGCAACUACUUCGGCUACCCGGAAACCGAGUCGCUGCCCUACCUCCGGGACAUGUUCGUCAACGCGACCCGCAGCGGCCGGCGCCUCUGGGCCAGCCACAUCACCAGCACGACGCACCACCCGUACGCCGUGCCCGCGGCGUGGGACGGCGUCGAGGAGUACGUGGCCAAGCGCCGCUUCGCCGGGCUGGAGAACGAGGAGUUCGACCGGUACCUCAACACGAUCAAGUACCAGGACGGGUACCUGGACACGCUGAUGACGAUGCUGCACGAGGUCGGCGUGCUGCGAGAGACGCUCGUCGUCGUCGUCGGCGACCACGGGCUGGCCUUCACGACGCCCGACGGCUCCAAGUCGACGUUCGAGAACGGCCACGUCGCCAACUUCGCCAUCCCGCUCGUCUUCGUCAACCCAAGCCUGCCGCGCGUGCAGGUCGACGCGCAGACGUCGCCGACCAGUAUCCUGCCAACCGUGUUGGACAUCCUGCUGCAAACGAAGUCCCUGAGCGAGGAGGAGAGGGGGGUGGCGGAGAAGCUCCUCCCGCGGUACCAGGGGCAGUCGAUGGCGCGCGAGCAGAAGUGGAGCGUACCGACAAUCCAACAGGAGAACGCCCCUACGCACCCGCCCUUCACCAACGUCACCGGCCCGCAGCCCUUCCACUUCUCCGUCAUCAACCCAGGCGGCUCGCUGCUCGCCAUCUCCCAACAAAACUCCUCGUACCGCCUCAUGCUGCCGCUGUGCUCGACCCUGCCUUUGCGCUUCACGGACCGCGCGACGUCGCCGCACGAGACGGAGGAGCUGAUCGCGUGGAGCUCGCGGGGUGUCGUCGACGCGGUGCGCAAGAAGCACGGCGGACAGGCGGCCGAGUGGGUCGACUUGGCGCAGAAGCUGGGCGAGUGGUGGGUGUGGGAGACGCGGAAGCGGUGGGGCUACGAUCAGCCGGCGCGGAGCACGGACAGGGGCGCUGCAGGGACGGGGGCCGCGGGCAGGAUUAAGAAGGAGCAUUGGUGGGAGACGUGA